AGAGAAAGAGUGUAUUCUCACAGAUUCAUCAGAUCCUAACCAGACUCUCCAAAAGCAAAAGCAGAUAAAGCAAAAAAUUACUCUCGCCACAUUUACACCUCCAUUCUCUUCUUUCUUUGCUCAGUUUGUCUCGUGCCUCUGGAAAGUACUCUGUAAUUAUCUUCUUUGUUGAUAUCACCAAAAGGAAGAGAAAUCCAGUUUUCUGUGAUUGAUGUUCUGCUGCGUAUAAUGGAGCUAGGGUUUCUCUGAAGCAUACUCUCCUCCUUUCAGUGUUUCCUUAUUCUGUAAGGUGCAACCGUUCAACUUCAAGCAUUUGGGUGUUAGUCCUUUGAACCCAGAAGAUGCAGAGGCCUCCACCAGAAGAUUUUCUCUUGAAGGAGACCAAACCUCAUCUAGGAGGUGGAAAGGUCACAGGCGACAAGCUCACCGGCACAUAUGACCUCGUUGAGCAGAUGCAGUAUCUCUAUGUCAGAGUUGUAAAAGCUAAGGACCUACCGGCAAAAGAUGUCACAGGUAGUCUUGAUCCCUAUGUCGAAGUUAAGCUGGGAAACUAUAAGGGUACCACUCGGCAUUUUGAGAAGAAAACAAAUCCUGAAUGGAACCAGGUUUUUGCAUUCUCCAAAGAUCGGAUGCAAGCCUCCACGCUUGAGGUUAGUGUCAAGGACAAGGAUGUUGUAAAGGAUGACUUUGUUGGUUGGGUUUUGUUCGACUUGAAUGAGAUUCCUAAGCGGGUACCUCCAGAUAGUCCAUUGGCACCUCAGUGGUAUAGAUUGGAGGACAAGAAAAGGGAUAAGGGUAGAGGAGAACUGAUGUUGGCUGUCUGGAUGGGCACUCAGGCUGAUGAGGCAUUUCCAGAAGCAUGGCAUUCAGAUGCUGCUACUGUUCGCGGAACUGAUGGUUUGGCAAAUAUGCGAUCAAAGGUGUAUCUCUCUCCUAAGCUGUGGUAUUUGAGGGUUAAUGUCAUUGAAGCUCAAGACCUGAUGCCAAGUGAUAAGGGUAGGUAUCCAGACGUUUAUGUGAAGGCUAUCUUGGGAAAUCAGGCUUUGAGAACUAAAAGUUCUCAAAGCAGGAGCAUCAAUCCCAUGUGGAAUGAAGAUUUGAUGUUUGUAGCAGCAGAACCAUUUGAGGAGCCCUUGAUUUUGAGCGUGGAAGAUAGAGUGGCACCUAACAAAGAUGAAGUACUUGGGAGGUGUGCGAUUCCUUUGCAGUAUGUUGACAGGAGAUUGGAUCAUAAGCCUGUGAAUACCAGGUGGGUUAAUCUUGAAAAACAUGUUGUUCUGGAAGGUGAAAAGAAGAAGGAAAUUAAGUUUGCCAGCAGGAUCCACUUGAGAAUUUGUUUGGAAGGUGGUUAUCAUGUUCUGGAUGAAUCAACACAUUACAGCAGUGAUCUUCGACCCACAGCAAAACAGCUAUGGAAACACAGCAUAGGUGUUCUAGAAUUGGGUGUUCUUAAUGCUCAGGGUUUGAUGCCUAUGAAGACAACAGAUGGUCGGGGAACAACAGAUGCAUAUUGUGUGGCCAAAUAUGGGCAGAAGUGGGUUCGAACAAGAACAAUAAUUGAUAGCUUCACGCCCAAGUGGAAUGAGCAAUAUACAUGGGAAGUUUUUGACCCUUGUACUGUCAUAACCAUUGGGGUUUUUGAUAAUUGUCAUCUACAAGGAGGUGAUAAGGCUGGAGGGCCAAGAGAUUCGAGGAUUGGGAAGGUAAGAAUUCGCCUUUCAACCCUGGAAACAGAUCGCGUUUACACCCACUCGUAUCCACUUCUAGUUCUACACCCAAAUGGGGUGAGGAAGAUGGGUGAAAUUCAUUUAGCGGUGAGGUUUACUUGCUCCUCAUUACUCAACAUGAUGCACAUGUACUCGAUGCCUCUGCUGCCAAAGAUGCAUUAUAUUCACCCGCUAACUGUCAGCCAACUUGAUAGCUUAAGGCACCAGGCCACUCAGAUUGUGUCAGUGAGGCUGAGCAGGGCGGAGCCACCAUUAAGAAGAGAGGUGGUUGAGUAUAUGCUGGAUGUGGGUUCUCAUAUGUGGAGCAUGAGAAGAAGCAAAGCUAAUUUCUUCAGAAUCAUGAACGUUUUAGGUGGUAUAAUUGCUGUAGGAAAAUGGUUCGAUCAGAUUUGCAAUUGGAAAAAUCCAAUCACAACAGUACUGAUUCACAUCUUGUUUAUCAUACUGGUCCUCUACCCUGAGCUUAUCCUACCUACAAUUUUCCUUUACCUUUUCUUGAUUGGAGUUUGGUAUUACAGAUGGAGGCCAAGGCAUCCUCCUCAUAUGGACACCCGCCUCUCCCAUGCUGAGUCUGCACAUCCUGAUGAACUAGAUGAAGAAUUUGAUACCUUUCCAACUUCCCGACCUGCUGAUAUUGUUAGGAUGAGAUAUGAUCGAUUGAGAAGUAUUGCUGGGAGGAUUCAGACUGUGGUUGGUGAUUUGGCUACCCAAGGGGAGAGGCUGCAGUCUUUGCUGAGCUGGCGAGACCCAAGGGCCACAGCCCUCUUUGUGAUUUUCUGUUUGAUUGCUGCAAUUGUUCUGUAUGUUACCCCCUUCCAGGUUGUGGCACUCCUUGCUGGAUUUUAUGUUUUGAGGCACCCAAGGUUUCGUCAUAAGCUUCCAUCGGUGCCCCUCAAUUUCUUCAGGCGGUUGCCGGCAAGAACUGAUUGCAUGCUAUGAGCUAAACCAGUUUCCACAUCUGUCAUAGCCUUCAGAUGGCAACUUGUUUUUCCAGUCUCUUGUUUUUAAGUUAAUGGAGAAGAUGCAGAUACCAGCGGAGCUUCUCAGAUUUCUAUGGUUCUUGGAUCUCUGUGUGACUUAAGCUUUCCCCUAAAGAAGGUAGUAGAUUUUUGUGGAUUUUCAGUGAAGUUAUUAUUAAGAUUUCUGUUUCAAACCAGACCCUAUGGUAAUCAACCUGUGUUUGUUCGUAAUUUUGUAGGUAGUCGUCGGAAUUUAAGCUUGUGCUGAACUCUCUGUUGCUUAAUUGCAUUUAAGUAUAUAUUUUCUAAUGGGGAAUUAUGCGUUCAACGGACCUCGUCAUGUUUUUGUGGAAUUAUGCAUUCAACUGAUUAAAUUUUGUGAAUUUCUCCUAGAUUUUGGAUUAAACCAUGCAUAUUCCAAGUAGGCACUAUAUUGCAAUGUGCAGCCCAGCUUGUCUGAUUUUC